CUGCCGCUCCCACAUCUCUCUCUUAUUUUUUUUGGUUAAAUCUCUCUUAUCUUCGUUUGUCACUUCCACAAAUUUCACCAUCGUCUCUCCGUCGUCGCCAUCUCAUCGUCUCUCUGUCGUCGCCGUCUCGCCGUCUCUCCGUCGCCUCUGUUCGUCUUCGUCCGUAUGUGUCUCCCUUCACUUCCGUCCGUCUGUCCGUCUCCUUUCCGUCUCGUCGUCUGUGUCUCACUCCGACGACAACGAAGCGUCAGUUUCCAUCGGAGUGUUAGCCCACUUCCGUUUUGAGAGCCAAGCUCCUCCAUCGAAAUCACAUAGCUCCUUUCCGUCUCGUUUGAUGCUCGGAAAAACUCGGCGGAGGAUUUCGGUUCUAUGUCGGUGGUGGCGAAGUAUUGCAACUAAGCCCUAAAGAUUCCUGGCCAAGUCGUUAUUUGUGGCGAUUUUGUUCAGGGUUUCGCUGAUUCAGCAAUGGGAAUUGUUUUGGAGCUUCGUUCUCCGAGUAGUGUUGAUGGGAUCAGCAUUGACCCUGAGCCGAAUUGGAAUUUUGAUACUUUGGUAUCUGAGAUUAAUUCGCUAGAGAAGAAGCUCAAUGCCUCUUCAAAGUUUCCAUCACCGUUUACUAAAACAUCCUUCCGGGAUGUGCCCGGUGCGAGAAGGAUGGAAAGAAAUGCUAGAGGAUUUGUAAUGCGUGUAUCGGAAGACGAGCUGGAGAGUGUCAAAGAUGAGAGUGAUGAUGAAGACCACAAUCAAAGUUCUAUAGUCGCAAGACGUUUUGUCUGUGAUGAGCUUUACUUGAGUGAUUCUGACGAUGAGUUGGUUCCCGAGCAUGAGUUGUACUUGAUGCAUAAAAUGGUGCCGUUUGAAGGUGCUCUAUAUGAACUGACCAAUGAUCAUCAAACCAAAGUGAAGGAAGAAAUUAGGAUUCAAGUAUCAGCUGUUGAAUCCGGAAUAAUGAAUGAGAUCGAAACGUCUCGUUCUGCAAUAGCCCGUGUCGAGAAAUAUCGAGAGACAAGAAAAGAAGUGGAACGGAAACUUGAUCUUCAGUAUCAACGAAAAGUUGCUGAAGCGCUUGAUGGCCAUCUGACUGCAAUCCAACGGGAGCAUGAACUCAAAUCGCAAAUAGAAGAAAGAAAAAUCAGGAGUGAUGCUGCUCAGGAGGAAGCCAAGAGAAGAGGAAGGGCAAUUCAAGAAGAGAAAUUACGUCAAGAAAAAGCUCGGGCAGAGGCUGAGAUGCAAGCUAAAAUCAGAGCAGAAGAAGCAAAGAAAGAAGCUGAGAGAAAGGUGGCCGAGGAAGCUGCAGAACAGAAAGCUGCAGAACAAAAAGCUGCAGAAGAAAAGGCUGCCAGAGAGAAAGCAGCUGAAAUUUCUCUUGCUGGUAGUUCAGGAAAUUUGAAUGGAAAAACUGAAGGAACAUCUGGUAAGUUUGUUCGAGCAUCAGAAAGUGCUUUGACCUUGGAGGAGCAAAGAUUGAAGCGGCUCAAAGAAUUAGAAGACAUGAACCAAACGCUCACAACACGUUCAAACGAGAAUUUCAGUAGUUUCGAACGGCAUAUUUCAAGGUUGAUGAGGCAAAUAAGUGGGACGAAGGAUAAUGUAACUGCCAAAGCCACUGAAAUUGUCAAGAUAUUUAAUGACCCUCGUUGCCCCAAUUCCAUCAGCAUUGCCGCUUUUGCAAAGAAGGUGGUCUCCUUUUGUGAAAACCCUAGCAGUCCUUACUUUGCAUGUAGCUAUGUCAUUCUCAUGGUCACCUCAAAGUUUCCACAAGCAAUGGAUGUUCUUCUUGCUGAACUCCACAAGGCCUGCAUUUACACCGUUCCAAAGCAUAUUGUUUACUCUGAGAUGGCAUUUGCGUCAAAGGAAGCAUACCGAAAGGCUAUUGGGUUCCAAGAAACCGAGGGGAAGAUUGAAAACGUCGAUAAUUAUCUAAAACGUACAGAAUCCUACAUGAAACUUUACGGGGCACUCGUUCAGACGGAAAUUCCCAAUGUUCGAAAUAUUCAUGGGCUAGAAGAAGGAUGGGCUUGGCUUGCCCGGUUUCUAAACAGAGUUCCAGCUAACAGAGUUACUGCUACAGCUCUGAACGCAUUCCUCCAGAUGGCGGGUUUCGCUCUUCACAGAAGGUAUAAAACCCAGUUUCUGAAGAUUUUAAACGUCGCCCAUGAGCAUUUUCUAGCAAAGCUUAGGACAAAACAAGACUCGUCAGAGCUAGGACCGAUCGUAAUGGAGAUAACGUCAUAUCUAGAUGACAAGAAAUACCUGCAGGAGCCCGAAGGAAGAAGUUUGUUGAGUAAUCUGCUGUCACGAGACAGAGCUCCGGAGCCAGAUCACCAUGAGUCGUAUUACCAGGACCAAUAUUAUGGUUCGCGUCACUAUAAUAACUGGUACCACCAAUAAGAACAUUGCCUGAAUUCUGGCAUUGCUAGUUUUCAUUUUGUGACCAGACAUACAAAACUGCGAGAAUGUCUGUGUUGAUACUGUAUCAGAUAAGGUAAUUGGAUUAACUUAUCUUACACAAAAUCUAUUAUUGAGUAUACA